AUGGACAAGAGCAUGCUCGGCGACCUGGACGCCCUCCCUGAGGAGGACAAGAUGCGGAUGGCCGCCAUGAUCGACCAGCUCCAGAUCCGCGACAGUCUAAGAAUGUACAAUUCCCUGGUCGAGAGGUGCUUCACAGACUGUGUGGACACAUUCCGCCGCAAGACCCUGGACAAGCAAGAGGAGUCAUGCGUCCGCCGCUGCGCAGAGAAGUUCCUGAAGCACUCCAUGAGGGUUGGCAUGAGAUUCGCUGAGCUUAACCAGGGUGUGGCCACGCCUGACUAA